AUUUAAAAGUUUUGUUUGUUGGGCUUUAGAUUAAGACUGGUUCUAAUUGUUAUUUAACUUAGUAUAACGCAUGAAUAAUACAAAAAAGCGUCGUUAUUUAGCGUACAACACACAGUUAAUUAAAAAGCGCGAGAUUAAAAUUUAGUUAAUAUUUUAAAGCAAAACUAGGUAAUAAUCCGCGGCUUGCGUGGAAUAAAAUUAUUAAUUUCGUUAUUUCUUAAGAUAAGAAGAUAUUAGAUAUGUUUAAUUUGGAUAUCAGUUUGGUUUUAGAUUAGUUUUUUUUGUUUUUAAUCUACUAAAAUAUAACUAUCAUUCUAAAUCAAUAUUUGUUUUGUUUAUUCGAUUAAAAUGUUGGAAGUUUUUUGUUUUUUCGAUGAUAACCAAAAAAUAUUAUUAUUUGUUUAGUUUUAUGUUAUAUGAUGAUGAUGAUGAUGAUGAUGAUGAUUUAAACUUCGUAACAAGAAUGUAUACAGUAGGAUAUUAUUACCCACAGAAAGGUAUCUAAUAUACGAUUUAUUUCCUCAAAAAAAAAAUCAUAUACCUUUUAUGUAUAGGAAAGAAACAAUUGGUGUCAACGUAUACCAUUUUGGUGCAACCAUGCUCUCUUGUUGAUUACGUGUCUAUCAUUUGCAAAGAAAAACCCAUUCAAAACUUCAAUCUCGUUAUCUCUAAUCCUCUUCGCUAAGCCUCAAGUUUUCAAUAAAACUCCCUUCUAAUUCAUUAUAUCUUCUACCUUAUCCAACAAAUCUCUCUUCAUAGCUCAACAACGUUUCUCUUAGAUUUCUCCUCUUGGUCCUUGUAUCCAAAUCUUCAGUUCAUAUCUGUUACGGUAAAACCAGCAGUAAUCCUAUAGCAAUUGUGUGUAUAGCUGUGACCUUAGUGACACCCCUAAACGGAAAAGAAUCGGAAAUAUCAAUUUUAGAGCAAACAUGGCUUUUUGCUUGUGUUUCGGACUUAGACCAAAACGUAAUAAGGUGGAGAAUCAGGAACCCGUUUCUGUUCAGGAAUCCAUACCUGACCAACCAUCAUCGUCUUCUGCCAAUCCAGCAACGUCUUCAUCAGAUCCUGAAGCACUGCUACCGCCACCGCAGAAAAUCAAAAAAUUCUCAUACCUACAACUCGCCACCGCAACAAACAACUUCAGCCUGGAUGCUAGGAUCGGACAAGGUGGAUUCGGCGAUGUAUUCAAAGGAGAGUUAGAGAUUGACGGACAGUUAAAGGAUGUGGCUGUUAAGAUGCUUGGUCGGAGUAGUAUACAAGGAAACAAAGAGUUUAUUGUGGAAGUCCUAAUGCUUUCAAUGUUGAGAAACAAAAACCUCGUGAAACUGUAUGGUUAUUGCUGUGAAGGCGAUCAAAGAUGCCUCGUCUAUGAAUAUAUGCCUCUUGGAUCUGUAGAAGAUAACAUCCACUGUAAAACAAAAAACAAAACUAUACUUCAUCCUCAAGAAACAAAAUUUAUAAUACAGUACUUAUUUUUUUUUUCAGAUAUCAGAUCUGCUCAAGAGGUUUUAGAUUUGAGCACAAGGAUGAAGAUAGCUUUAGGAGCAGCUAAAGGGUUAGCGUAUCUUCACAACGAUUCAAAACCUAUUGUGAUCUAUAGAGAUAUGAAAACUGCAAACAUACUGCUGGACCAUGGGUUUGAACCGAAGCUCUCUGACUUUGGGCUUGCAAAGAUUGGUCCGAAUGAAGGCAUGUCUCAUGUCACUACUAGAGUUAUGGGAACGCUAGGGUAUUGUGCACCCGAGUACGCGGCUACUGGGCAACUGACGCUGCAGUCUGAUAUUUAUAGCUUUGGAGUUGUGCUGUUGGAGCUUAUCACUGGACGCAAACCUAUUGGGGACUCAACCAUGGGUGCACAACGUUUGCUUGUUAGAUGGGCACUGCCAUAUUUCAGGAACCUAAACAUAAGAAAGAUUGCAGAUCCGAUGUUAGGAAUACAAGGUGAUCCGUACUUGGAAGAAGCUGUGAGAAGAGCCGUUCAGUUAGCGUAUAUGUGUCUGCGGGAACGCGCAAAAGCUAGGCCAACAAUCAGAGAAGUAGUGGAGGCAUUGGAGGUCUUGGUUGAGUACAUAGCGAGGAAAGAUAAGGGAAAUGACAUUAGAUAUGGACGAGGAGUAGAUAAGGGGAAGAAAGUUGAAGGGUCAACUGUUAAUGAAGGAGAUGAAGGUUUGGAGAGAGAUAGAUAUGUUUCUGAUGCUAAGAGAUGGGCUAAGGGUUGUACAAGAGCUGAACGGAGAAAGAGCAAAGUUGCUGAUACUUUCUUUGCUUAAUUUUGUUUGUUUGUCAACUGCUAUAUACUUAAACCGAAUUUGGUUGGUACAAAUGUUAUUUUUUCUUGGUUUACCGAUAUGCAUAACUCCAAUGCUUCUUAACAUUUUGGUUCUUUGAUUAUUUAAAAAAUGGGUAAUAUCUUCUUGAUCGGUUAUAUAUGUUGGUGUUUGACAAUAACAAGAAACACUUCUUGUCCAUUAUUUCGUAACGUUUCAAAUUUAGAAAGAUGAAAAACUGAAAAAAGUUUAUAGUUUUUACAGUUGUGGAUAGUUAAACAAAAAUAUUUUUUUUUUAAAACAAAUCAGUUGUGUAAAUCGCUUCACAAUGUUAAAAUAAAAACAAACACCUACAUCUAAAAGUUCAUGGAUAUAUAUGCACUUACAAUACAACCGCUAUAUUUGAACCAAUGAGUCUAAGAAAUUACAUACUUGUUUUUUAUAUUUUACCAAUGAUACUCUUAAUUAAUAGCUCAAAACGAUGAGCUAUUAGUUUACAAAUGGCAUCAAAGUCCAAUGCCCUAAAUGUAUAAACUAUAAAAUGAAGCUUAGAAGAGGAAAGAUAUCGACUAACUAGACAAAAUCACGUAAACCCUACGAGUACUUCAACGGAUUUUUGGAAAAGAAUCUAAUCGAUAGUCUCUGAUCUUUGAAUUCCACUUUUAUUACUCCCUCUCCCUCUCUGAAAUUACUUGUACAUUUGUAUUUUUGACACUCCUAUUUAUAUAUCGUCAAACUGUUAGAAGGGACUAUCAUCUACGUUACUCGGUUUCGAUUAACGUUAGAAAGGACUAUUUACAAUAUGUUUGGGUUUUCGACAAAGACGUGAAAAUAUUUAUUUUAAAAAAAAAAAAUUUGUACUUGUGUUUUAUUUUUAAAAAUAUUAAAAAGAUUAAAUUAUAUUUUUUAAAAUAUUAGUAGGUUUAAAUUUUAUAAUGGACAUAUUGUUAGGCCCACUUGGGGGGUAUAAUUCAAAUUUCAAGGCUGAAAACAAAUAUUAAUGUUUGUGCAGAAGGUGAGUCCAUCAUAACCCAUACGCAUAUGCAUAGGUUCGCUGUCAUCAUUUUUUUGUUUUCCAC